GUAGCCUACAUUCACUACUAGUGUGUCUCUGGGAACUCCGUCUAUUUUGAAACACACUGCACUUCGCUAUGUCUUUGACUUCAGCCUUUGCGUGACAGUAAUGGGGAGCAAUCCAAAAAUUGUGGUUCUGGGUGCUGGGCUUGCUGGAAUAGGAGCAGCUACCAAACUCUUAAACUUGGGGUUCAAAGAUGUAACAAUUCUUGAGGCUUCUGGAGAGGCUGGAGGCAGAGUAGCAAAAGCGUCUUUUGGCAAGGCAUGGGUAGACACAGGAGCCCAGUUCAUCCAUGGGGCAUCGGAGGCCAACCCUGUGUACUGCCUGCUGAAGCAGCACAGUCUCCUAACAGACGUAGUGAGCGAGGAGGGCACUGACCUCAUCUUCCACAGCAAGGGGCACAGAGUCACAGCCACCUCUGCUAGUCGCAUCUACGAAGCAGGGGAGGGCAUCAUCGAGCAGCAACACAAGGGGAACCUCGGCAAGAACAUGGGGGACCACUAUGUCGAGCGCUCGCAAGCCCUUGUCAACAAGUGGCGGCUUAGUGAUGAAGCAAAGCUGAACGCCUUGAAUAUUUUAACUCUAGUCGGCAAAAACACCUUGAUAGAUAUUGGUGCUCCGGCACUCAACAGUGUGGCCCUGGAUUCUUGGGAGUACUACACUGCCAUGGGAGAAGACCUGAACAUUGAGGGGAAUAUGUUUUCUGUGAUAACGAAACUGCUUGAAGACUUCCCAAAGGACCGCCUGCUGAUGGACAGGCCUGUGACACAAAUCAGCUGGGAUGGUUGUUUUUGUGAUCAUGAAAACCGUCUCUACCCGAUCAGUAUAGAGUGCGAAAAUGGGGAGAAGAUUCUUUGUGACCAUGUGGUUGUUACUUUUUCUCUGGGGUGUCUCAAGGCUUCACCAGCCACCAUGUUUGACCCACAGCUCCCAGACUACAAGAGGGAAGCCAUAGAGAAGCUGGGGUUUGGCUGCAUCAACAAGAUCUUCCUGCUUUAUGAGGAGGCCUUCUGGGAGAGGGAUGCAGAGAGCAUCAGCCUUGUGUGGGGCGACGAAACGCCUGCUUCCUUGUCUGCUGCCUCCCCCCAGUGGCAGAAAAAUAUACAACUCUUUUCUGUCAUGAGGCCGAGAGAAAAGUUUGGUGACGUCUUGAUAGGCUGGUGUUCGGGUAGCGUGGCACAGCAAGUUGAAAGCUUGCCAGAAGCUGAACUCUCAGCUGCUAUCACCUGUAACUUCAGGAGGUUUAUGGGUGACCCAAGCAUUCCCUGCCCAAAGACGAUUAUGCGCACUCAGUGGCAAAGUAAACCAUUUGUGAGGGGAACAUAUGCCUACGUACCAACAGGUGUGGACGCUGCCAUCAUGGACCAGUUGGCUGCUCCGUUGUCAGGCAGGAAAAGCCCCACUGAAGAUCUUCAAGUGCUCUUUGCUGGGGAGGCCACCAUGAAAAGUCUGUAUGGGACAGUCCAGGGAGCACUGAUGUCUGGCCACAGGGAGGCUGAACGGCUGGCACAGCAUUAUGGCAGACCACUACCUUCAUCUACUCCAUGUUCUCCUUCAGUAACAAUAUAAUAACUGCCAUGCCCAAGAUCACUUUUUAAAAAUAUAUACAUAUAUUUUAUGUAAAUAUAUACGUACAUAUAUUUUUUUUACAUAUAGUUUAUGUAUAUUUAGUUACUCUUUUGUGUCUUUAUUGCUCAUAGGACAGUUGUGAGUUUGACAGUAAGAGAGGGGAAGAGAGAGAUGGGGCAGGGCUUGCAAAGGACCCAGGCCAGACUCAAACCCGAGUUGCCAUGGGCAUGCAAGCCCAUAUGUGUGUGUGUGUGUGUGGGUAGGGGUUACCGGGCUGCACCACAGUGCCCCAUGCCCAUGUUUACUUAAUGCUGGAACACCGUGGUGUCUUCAGGGCAAUUCUAAUUAUUUGUUGAAAUAGUGUGAUUUUCUGACUGAACACUUGCUUUGCUUCCACUUACAGUUAAAUAGGCCUACAUAUGUGGGAAGCCACACUGAGCUGUCCUGGAGGGGGAAGUCAUUGGCACAUGUAAAUAGCUUAUAUAGGACCUAAGUGUUUUUGAUUGAAUUUGUGCUGUGAUUGUU